UUUUGACCUUUCAGCCUUGUAAUAUUGACAAUUUGAUGGAUGGACCAAAUCGAAAAAAACAUGUUUGGACUUUGGAUUCAUCUAUAAAAACUCACAGCCUAAUUCACUGAUCAAACCUCUUCCAAUCUCCAAUAUCGAUCUUUAAUUAUCCCCGACCGAGAAGAUAUCGAAAUUUAUGGCUAUGCCCACGGCAAGAUUCAUCGUUCCUUACGCCUUAAUCACCGGUCUUCGCACCAGUCCCCCCCAUACCAAAUCUCAGACUCUCAAAUAUUUCAGUCCCAUUUCUCGUUCUAAAAUCUCGAAACAGAAGUCCUGUUUUCUUGUUAAUCAGCCGUCACGUUAUAAUUCCAGCAACGGGAAGAGGGACUUGGUUGUCUUCAACAAUCUAUUACCAGACGUUCCAGCACUUCCUUCAGGACCCCCUUCAGAUUCUUGGAAAAGUUGGAUUCUGGGCGCUGUAAUAACCAUCAUUCUACCCUUCAUUACUCACAAAUGGGGGCCAUUACUCCAAAUUACGAAGAAAAUUGAAACUGUGGUGGAGACAGUCGAUCAAGUAGCGGAAGUCGUUGAAAAGGUCGCGGAGGGAGUGGAGAAAGUGGCGGACGAGAUCGGCGAUGAGCUGGCGGAAGGUGGAAAGCUCAGAGGUGCCUUUGAUUCCAUUGAGAAUGCUGCAAGGAAAGCAGCCAAUGGAGCUCAUUUAGUCGAUCAAAUCCUUGACAAGGUUGAAGAAGUAGAUAAAGAGGUAGAGGAACUCAUGAAACCAGUCAAUCACCCAGCCAAUGGCACGGAGAAAUAAAAUAUGAUCAAAUUAUUGACCUGCAAUUUGUCAUUAGGAUCUUAAUUUUUUAGAUAUCAUAGAAAAUAAUGGUGCGCUCAACCGAACUCAAUGAAAAAAACGGGUUUAUAUAAUUGAGCACAAUGGAUAUAUAGUUUGAUAGGGACAUAAGACUCGAUUUGGUGUAUAAGAUUCGUGUAAUUUAUUUGUACUUGAAAUAUUUGUAAUUAUAAUGAUUUAAUUGAUUCAACUUUGUAUAAUUUCUUGGGUGUACUACCUUCGGGUCCCAAUUUACGCAAGAUUGAGCAAAAUUGAGCUUGAUAUUUCA